GAUCUUUUAAACAUACCAUAUACAGUAUGUGCACUCUAUAGGUAUACAAAUAACUGGCUGUAGCCCAUCUGUUGCUAUGCACAGUUUGUCAGCCCCCUUAUCCCUAUACAUAAAAAGGGGCUACCAUAGAUCCACUGCUGCCCAGAUAUUAUUUGUGUGAUAUACCAUUCUCAGGACCGCAAUCAAGAGAGAAAAUACACUGUAUGCUACCAUAGAUCCACUGCUGCCCAGAUAUUAUUUGUGUGAUAUACUAUUCUCAGGACCACAACCAAGAGAGAAAAUACACUGUAAGCAAUCUUAGUGGUUUAUAAGCCAACUUUUGAGAACGUGACUAAUAUUUCAGGUUUCCCAAAACAUGAAUCUCGGAUAAUCUCAGUGCUGAAUUGCCUACUUCCUCCAUUUUAGUAGGUCUGCUUUUAGAAGUCCUACACUGGAGGAAAAUUACACUGAACAAUUUUGAAGGUCAACGCUUAUUAACUCCCAGGGGAAAUGAUGCCAUCACAGUCAUUUACACGCUCCUCCUCAGCACAUGAGCACUGUAUCUUAAACUGUAGGCAUUCUCUGGUUACACUCACAAAACAAAACCUUCCAGGACCUGAUUAUAAAGGGAAAAUGAUCCGGAGUUUGGGCAAAUCGUCGGCUUGGCGCUGCCGUUCAGUCGUUGAAGUGAAAAGCAAAUUUGGGGCAGAGUUUAGGAGAUUUUCUCUGGAUCGCUAUGAGCCUGGCGUGUUUAAGGACUUUUGCCAGUUUAUCCUGAAGCUACACCACCUGUUUCCCACAGAAAUUUACAUCAGCUAUGCAGAUGUUCAUGGAGACUUACUGCCGAUAAAUAAUGAUGAUAAUUUCUGUAAAGCAGUGUCUACUGCGCAGUCGCUACUGCGCAUCUUCAUCCAACUGCAAGAGGAAAUGGAUCAAGUUAACAUUCAUACCAACUGUGUGACCUGGAGAAAGAAGUCCACCAUAAUGGUACAUGGUGAUGCCAGCCAAAGAGGACACGUUCAGAUUGGCUUGCCCCGGAACUUCCGUCCAGUCUCCUCCAUAAUUGAUGUUGACAUCUUGCCUGAAUGCCACAGAAGGGUUCGUCUGUACCACCAGGGUUCAGACAGGCCUUUGGGUUUCUACAUCCGUGAUGGAAUCACAUUCAGUGUAACUCCUCAUGGACUUGAGAAAGUUCCAGGAAUCUUCAUCUCACGAUUGGUUCCUGGUGGAUUGGCUGAGAGCUGCGGUCUUUUGGCCAUUAAUGACCAGAUCCUGGAGGUCAAUGGUAUCGAGGUGAUAGGCAAGACCCUGGAUCAGGUUACAGACAUGAUGAUUGCUAACAGCCGCAACCUAAUCAUUACUGUGAAACCAGCAAACCAGAGCAAACACAUAAAAAGUCCCGCCGUCUCCCCUAACCCAGAACUCCAGUUUGAUGGCAAAGGUUCUGUAAGCUACCCAGGACUUCCUAUGAUUAUGGGAGCCUAUGUUUGGACACAUAAUGACUCAGUGAGCGAUGAUGAUUCAGACAUGGUUGUAGAGAAACCUCUGAAACCUUCAGUCCACUUCUCCAGCACUACAGUAUCCUCCCCGUCUUUUCAAACUAUCAUUCACAAUCGCCACAGACAUAGCCAUCCCUAUUCUCAAGAAUCGUGCCGCUCCCAGCUCUACCUCAAUUACACAGCUCAUCCUGGGUUCAGCACUUCACUGCAGAGAGAAAUUAGCUCACAACAGCUUUAUAUGAGUAACCCAGCAUUCAGACAGAGCACAUCCAGCCCCUUUGACAUCUUGGGCUCAUUGAGCCCAGCUCUGCGGCAACGCCUCAUGAUACCUCAAGGGUCCAUGGAGGAGGAUGGAGUUGUUAUUACUCUAUGACACUAACUUUAUUUAAAUCUGUACUGCUAAGGCACGUUACGGGCACAACUUUUUCAAUUGUACAGAAUAUAAACCACUGUAUGUGAUACAAUAUUUAACAAAAGAUAUCACAUUCUAUUUUAAUUUCAAAGUAUAAUUGUAAAUAGCAAUAUACCUUCAUAUUAAUUAUUCCCAAUAAAUACUGUAUCUAUUAUAAUAGCCAGAAAAAAAACUCUUUUCCUUGAGCAUAUAUGUAUAUGUAUAUAUAUUAUAGGUCAUGUUUAUAUAGGCUUAUAUAUAAACCUUAAUUUUACCGACUGCAUUAUGCUUUAUUUUAGAUGCUUUAUUACUUUAUUUUAGUUUUAGUGUUUUAACUGAGCAGACCAUACUAGUGAAAUUGUAUACAUAUAAACAUACACACAUACAUGUUUUUUUUUUUUCAAACAUAGAUGUUUUUUUUAACUCUCAUGAAUUGCUUUUUAUGGUUUUCUGUUUUAAUUGAACCAGAAUAAGGAAAGGUAUUUUUCUUGAUGAACUGAUUAGCUGAGCUGGUACAGUACAUCAGGUGUGUCAAGUUGCAUGUUGAGUAUCAUGUACUGUAAAGAGUUUAUUCUCCACUUCACUAAAUUGCCAGCUCAUUACCAUGGGUCUUGAACAAGGGUUAGGGUUAGGGUUAGGAAAGUCUGGAAUUUAAAGGCACUCAUUUUCAGAGCUAGAAAUGUAUGAAAAUUCAGAAAACAUUUUAUUAAAAUGUAUUUCAUGUAAAGUAGACACAGAGGUUUUAAGACUAGUUUGGAUGUUCCUUUAUCUUCUGCACUAAUGCAACUUCCCUAAUGCGUGUUACUAAUAUAUGUUUC